UCCAGUAGACGUGCACCCUCAGGGUACCACAACUUAUCCUGUGGGUCUCACCAAGUCUCUUCCCUUUCUACCCAUUAAACCAUGAAAGCUAAAAGCUCAACUUUUUUCUAUUUUCUUUAAAUUUCCAACGCAGUAGAAUAGUACUCAAUAGAGUUGGGGAGAGAGAGAGAGAGAGAGAGAGAGAGAGAGAGAGAGAAAGCGAGAGAGCGAUGACCAAAUACAAGCGCAGCAACCUCCUCUUUUCGUUGUUGUCAUCUUAGAAAAUAGAAAUUCUACAGUUAAAUCGCUUUUUUUCUUCGUUCCACAUUCAAUGGCGGUUAUUUCUUUUUCCCUUGUCCCUUCUCUGCUCCCACCUUCUUCUUCGUCUUCGUCUUCUUCGUGCUUCUGUGGGGGGAUCCCUCUCCGUUCCCACAAAAGCUUCCUUUCCAUUCACUCUGCUUCUCCCUUUCCUUCUCUCGCUUCUAAUUCCAAGUUCUCCGGCGGUGGCGGCUCUGGCCGGCGAUUUCACACGGUGGUUUCUGCCUCCGCUGACUACUAUGCUACUCUUGGUGUCCCCAAAUCCGCCACCGGCAAGGAAAUCAAAGCAGCUUAUCGAAGGUUAGCUCGUCAGUACCAUCCCGAUGUAAACAAGGAACCUGGAGCAACUGAAAAAUUCAAAGAGAUCAGUGCUGCUUAUGAGGUGCUAUCAGAUGAUAAAAAGAGGGCUUUGUAUGAUCAAUAUGGUGAGGCAGGAGUUAAAAGUACCGUUGGAGGAGGAUCAAGUGCCUAUACGACCAAUCCAUUUGAUUUAUUUGAGACUUUUUUUGGGCCAAGUAUGGGUGGCUUUGGUGGUGGCAUGGAUCCUACUGGAUUUGGAACACGUAGAAGUACUGUUACUAAGGGUCAAGACAUCCGGUAUGAUUUCUCCUUGACAUUUUCUGAGGCAAUUUUCGGAACAGAGAAGGAAUUUGACCUUUCUCAUUUGGAAACAUGUGAAGUCUGUAGUGGUACUGGAGCAAAGAUUGGCUCUAAGAUGAAAAUAUGUUCAACUUGUGGUGGGAGGGGUCAGGUGAUGAGGACUGAACAAACACCUUUCGGAUUGUUCUCACAGGUUUCAGUUUGCCCGACCUGUGGAGGUGAUGGUGAAAUCAUAUCUGAGUAUUGCCGCAAAUGCAGUGGCGAAGGACGUAUUCGAGUUAAGAAAAAUAUCAAAGUUAAAGUUCCUCCAGGUGUUAGCUCAGGCAGUAUUCUUAGAGUUACUGGGGAAGGUGAUGCUGGACCAAGAGGGGGUCCUCCAGGAGAUCUUUAUGUUUAUCUAGAUGUGGAAGAGAUACCAGGAAUCCAAAGAGAUGACAUCAAUCUCCGCUCAACAAUAUCAGUCAGUUACCUAGAUGCUAUAUUAGGGUCUGUUGUGAAGGUCAAGACGGUUGAAGGCACCUCUGAACUACAAAUACCUCCUGGCACGCAACCUGGUGAUGUCCUUGUUCUUGCAAGAAAAGGUGUUCCAAAACUAAACAAACCAUCUAUACGCGGCGACCACUUAUUUACAGUUAAAGUUACAAUACCAAAGCGUAUUAGCACAAAGGAGCGUGAGUUGCUUGAAGAACUUGCUUCUCUGGGAGAUACAAGUGGCCGUUCAAAAUCCCGUUCUAGAACCCAUUCUUCCACAAUAAGUAGGGAAGCUCCUGCAGCUCAAAGGGUCGAAAGUUCAACAGCAGCAGUUGAAGAAAAAACUGAACAAUCAGAUGACCAAAAUGAUUUAUGGAAUAAAUUGAAGGACUUAGCCGGGUCAGUGGCCAAUGGUGCCCUUAAGUGGCUGAAAGAUAAUCUUUAGUUCCAUGGAUUAUGUGGUCCCGAGUCUGAAGGAUGUAAUUAUCUGAUUUGGGCUAGAGUCUUAAUCAUUCCAUCGAUAGCUACAAGGGAAGGAAGUACGCUGGACAUUUUUGCUUUCAAAUGCUUUAACUGAACAUUGUUAGAUGCACAGCCAAAAAGAAUUGAUGCGUAUUCUUUGAUUGGUUUUACUUGUAAAUUUUGGCAACAGAAUCAUUCAUACAGAAAAACUGGUUCUCAAGUUUUCUUCAUGAGCAGGUUGCACUAGGAAAGCUAGUCUGCUAGUGUAUAUCUGAUAGGAAGACUAAGCUCUGAUUGAAUUACCCUACUUAGUUGUUUUUAAAGAUUAACGUGAAUAUACUUGUUUUCAGUAUGGAUGUAGUUUUAGCUUCGUA